UCCAACAUAGAGGUUUCCAACGAGUCUGUUACGAUUCCAUCGAUUCCAUGGUUCCGCAUCAUCUUCCGCCGUGGUCGCUUGGUUUCGCGCGCUCUCUCAAAGUGUUCAAUGGAGUGUUUUCAGAGUUGGGCGAGCGUAGCCGGUCUGCGUUUCAAUCGAAGGUUCUCGCUACCCUAAUCACAGUAUGGUCACCGAACCAGGCUUGUGCAUCGGACGGACUUCAUUGCCACAAUCUUGGUGACAGCGUCAUCGAGGUAUCAGUGGAUGGUGACAUGUACGAGAUCAGCGAGAACAUCCCGCCUUUCCUCCUGACAUCUGCGCUUGCGCCUUCAUCUGUGACGUCACGUCACGUGGGACUUCCAGCGCCUUUAAAACGGGUCGCACUGCAAGUUGCCUCCUGUGGGCCCGGCAGCAGUGCUUCGGGAAUGUUGCUUCAAAAUCCGCUCUGCUUCUCGGUGCAGAAGAAGCACAUGGUUGUCCAAGGAGAUCACUCAGAUAAACAAAGAACAACAUGCAUACUACAGUCCCUCCUGAGCUGGAAUGCUGCAGGGAACUUCAGCUGGUUUGGUGCAAAGGGAAAGAAAUUUGCCAAGCUGCAUCUGUGCAAACUAAUGUAUGUCUCCUCCUGUGUCAUCGCAAGCAGCUGAACCCUCCAACCCAUCAACAGCUAUUGACUGAUUUUGAAAUCAAUACCCAAAACCGUUCGUCCCAACAAUCCCUGCGUAAGCAGCUGCAUCUUUCCCUCAGGUGGGACGUAGAAGGAAGUUCCAUUCCCAUGAUCACAUUGACCAACUUUCAGCAUGGGAGUCCCAGUUGUCAAUAGGAAACGGGAACCAAGUACUCCAGGGUGAAAAUCAAGUGUUUCCAGUUGAAAUGGUGGGCCUGCUGAUCAAACAUAGCUCCAAGACCUACAACAGUCCUUUGUAGUAGGCCAGCCUCAGUUCAGUUGUAAUUUUAAUCAGUAACUUUUGAAAGCACCACAAAUCAGUUGUGUGUGUGUAUUGUGAGAAAUUGUUCUAUAGGCUAAUGUGAAGAGUGGUAUAGUUUUGGCAGCCAUUAUUUAGGCAAGAUAAGUUUUCCAAAACAUCGGUUAUGGGAAAGGUUUAUUCAUAAGAGAGCAUUGUGAAUGCACCUUUGCUGCCUUUUAAGCUUACAAUUCUGUCCAGGACAUGGCCUGUUCUUUAUCUGCAAUGUUUGCUCUAUCAGAAAAUCAAGUGUGCUACAUACAUGAUGCUCUUUAAGAAAAGCUAAUCAGUCCCUGUACCCUUUUAAGAACAUUUUAAUUACCAUUUUAGCUGAAACAAUUUCACUUUUGUUGCAUUGAUAAUUAAGAUGUCUGUGAGUUUUCCAUAAACAUGUUGUAUUUACUAGGAACCCUUUGUAUUAGUCGUAUUCAUGGAAACAUAUUCAUCAGAUCUGUAUUUAUUGAAUAAACUGCAUUUUCACUGCUCC